AUGCAACAACACCAGCAUCACUACAUUGACAGACAACGAUCUCGACUGAUAGACAACAGUCAUAAGAUGAAAAUCGAUGAUUUCUAUAUGAAAUUAGAACGAAUUCGCUUAACUGCUGCAGCUUCUUCAUCGAAACAGUGUUCACAUCGAUCAGCGACGGAAUUGCUAGAUGAAUCGAAAGCAUUUUUCGUCAAAAGUCAAGAAGUUUUACAGAAUCGACAGACACUUCUGAAUAACAAAACCUCAACUGAUCAACAACAACCACAACAACAACAACAGUUUACUCCUUCACUUCGAUUAACAAAAUCUCGUCGAUCUCCGUACCAAGACACUCCGUUUGAACAUGACCAGUUCCGACUCGAUUCACUAAAUGUUCCACUACGAUCAUCCACACCUCCAAAUUCUUCUCCUACUGAUUGUGGUGCGUUCGAAAGUUCCAUCAAAUAUCCGAAGAACAGUUGUUCCAUCAACGUCAUUAUCUGUGAUUGA